GCCCGGCCGAGGGGCGGCGGCGAAAGACAGAGCGCCGCGAUCUCUGUCAGGAAGCGCAACCUCCCCGGGCCCCGCGGGGCCGCGCAGGGGGCGUUCUCAAUCCCGCGCCCGCUCCCUCUUUCCAUCCCCUGCCGCCCGCAGGCCACCCCGGGGCCCGGCUAUCCGCGCGCGCGUCCUCGGGCUCGGGCCCGUCCCCGGCCCUCGAGGGAGCCGCCGCCUUCAUCUACACCUCUGCAGCGGCCGCGCCAGAGGCCGCCCGGGCAGGACCCCGGAGUGAGCAUCGAGCGCCCCCCAAGGAGUGCACGACCCCGGAGCCGCCCUCAACACGGACCGCGCCCGCCGGGCACACAAGAAUGGUCACUCAGAUACUCGGGGCCAUGGAGUCUCAGGUGGCGGGGGGCCCGGCCGGCCCGGCCCUGCCCAACGGGCCACUCCUUGGUACAAACGGAGCCACUGAUGACAGCAAGACCAACCUCAUCGUCAACUACCUGCCCCAGAACAUGACCCAGGAUGAGUUCAAGAGUCUCUUCGGCAGCAUUGGUGACAUUGAAUCCUGCAAGUUGGUUCGAGAUAAGAUCACAGGGCAGAGCCUUGGUUAUGGGUUUGUGAACUACUCUGACCCCAACGAUGCAGACAAAGCCAUCAACACCCUCAACGGCCUCAAACUGCAGACGAAGACCAUCAAGGUGUCCUAUGCCAGACCCAGUUCUGCAUCCAUCCGCGAUGCUAACCUGUACGUCAGCGGACUCCCCAAGACCAUGAGCCAGAAAGAAAUGGAGCAGCUCUUCUCCCAGUACGGCCGCAUCAUCACUUCUCGCAUCCUGGUGGACCAGGUCACAGGUGUCUCUCGGGGCGUGGGGUUCAUCCGCUUCGACAAGAGGAUUGAGGCCGAGGAGGCCAUCAAAGGACUGAAUGGGCAGAAGCCGCUGGGCGCAGCCGAGCCCAUCACGGUCAAGUUCGCCAACAACCCGAGUCAGAAGACUGGGCAGGCCCUGCUCACUCACCUCUACCAGUCGUCGGCCCGGCGCUACGCAGGCCCCCUGCACCACCAGACGCAGCGCUUCCGGCUGGAUAAUUUGCUCAACAUGGCCUACGGAGUCAAGAGUCCCCUGUCGCUCAUCGCCAGGUUCUCGCCCAUCGCCAUCGACGGCAUGAGCGGCCUCGCGGGUGUGGGCCUGUCCGGGGGCGCGGCAGGCGCUGGCUGGUGCAUCUUCGUGUACAACCUGUCGCCGGAGGCGGACGAGAGCGUGCUGUGGCAGCUGUUCGGGCCUUUCGGGGCCGUCACCAACGUCAAGGUCAUCCGCGACUUCACCACCAACAAGUGCAAGGGCUUCGGCUUCGUCACGAUGACCAACUACGACGAAGCGGCCAUGGCCAUCGCCAGCCUCAACGGCUACCGCCUGGGCGAGCGCGUGCUGCAGGUGUCCUUCAAGACCAGCAAACAGCACAAGGCCUGAGCCGCCGCCGCCCUCCCCACCCUCCCCGGGCAGCAGAGAGAGAGAGAAAGAGAGAGAGAGGGGCCCCGAGAGAGACAGCGCAGGCCGACCACCGACGGCACGAGGGCCCCGCGUCCCUGCGGAAGCCACAGGGUGAGCACUUGGGGUGGGAGAGUCUGCAGGGAAUGGGGGGUGCCUGGGGGUCCCCCACCCCGUCCUCCUGCCCCCACCCCAGGCUGGGCUGUUCACUCUCUCGUCUUGGUUUUGUUCACGGCGAUGGUUUUUGUUUCUUUUUUCGGCUAAAAAGAAAGCAGAGACGUGCCCCCACCCCACCUUCAACCGCCCUCCGCGGGAUGGCUUUGCGGGGGCGCUGGGGGUGCCCUCCCAGACCCCCUUGUCCAGGCCUCCCCAACACCUAGAUGAGCCUGAGGGGAGGGGGAACAGGUUUAAAAAUCCCCAAAAAAGCAAAACGGAGGAGGGGUGUGGGCAUUCCUGGCCCAGAGCCCCUGGAUAGAGUGUGAGGAGCAGGGGGAGGGGCU